AUGAUCGACAACGGGUAUUCGUACGUGACACGGGACAAUCUACGUUACACCGAGCUAAACGAUGGCCGCUCCUACGCCCAGAUGGGUACGCUAUCCUCACCGCCGGCAAUGGCGAACCGGGGUCUGUCCGAGUACGACAGCUCGGCCGUCCAUCUGGCCAACCAUCGGCCGUACGAUCCGGCCCCGCAGACCGCCUUCGAGCGGUACGAUACAGCCUACGCGCCGCAGCGUACCGCACUGUAUCCGGCGGCCGCGUACGGCUACACGCAACCGACGAUCAUCGACGAGGAGCAGAAGUACCUCGGGGCGGACAGCAAUCCACACCCGGCCGACGUGCAGCAGCCGCAAACGCACCCGCACCACCAUCUCGGGCUCGGUGGUCCGGCCGCACCGGACGCCCGCACCCAUCACACGAUGAUGAAGGUGGAGAUGGAUGAGAGUGCCGGCCCGAUCUAUCCCCGGCCGAUCUACCACUACGAUCCAUCCACGUGCGGUGCGAUGCCGCCCGGCUUUUCCGCGAUCAAUCUGAGCGUGAAGGAGUCGAGCCCACCGCUACCACCGUCGUACAAGACGGGCCCCGGUUCGCCUUCACCGAAUGGGCGGCGGGUGGGGGACGAGAGGGGGAAUAAGAUAUCGUCCACCAGUCCAGAGCCGCAGGUCAGCCCGACGGGUGGCCGCCGUAACAGCAGUCCGCAGGCAUCACUAGACCUGAGCUCUAAUAACAGCGGUGGCACGAGUCCACAGUUCCCGAAUCGCCAGAGCACGAACAUCAACACCAACACCAACACGAGCAGCAGUGGAAAUACGAGCAACACCAACAGCAACGCUGUGUAUACGAGCGAGGUAAGCGAAAGCCGCCCGGCGGAGGUGAACGCGAACGAGUACGGCAACGCCACGGAACGUCCGCUCGGUAUGGGCUUUGCACGGCCCCAGCCACCUUCAGCAUCCUACAGCAGAGAGUCAACGCCUGAUAGCGGGGGAUCGUACUACGCCGACAGCUAUCGCGAUCAGAGUGGGUACAGUCCGCACACGAGCUACGGCAUGGUGGUACAACCGGACUACUCCAACGGGUAUCCUGGCUACGCACCGAACGCUUACCAGUACAGCGGACCGUAUGCGAGUUCGCUCGGCACCACCGUCUAUCCGCCGACCGUACCGACGAGCUAUCCGGCCAGUUCGAGUUCGAGCUUCGUGACACCGCCCUCCCUCGGGCAGCACAUAGCGCCACACGAUAACCUGCUGAAGGCUGGUUCUUUCCUGUGCAGUCUGACCGGCUACCAGCGUCUCGAGCGACCUCAGUUUCCGUCACAGUCGCAGGAGCUCAAAUGUCCGACACCGGGGUGCGAUGGGUCGGGUCACGCAACCGGCAACUACUCGUCACACCGCAGCCUGUCCGGCUGCCCGAGAGCAUCGAAGCCGAAAAGCAAACCCCGGGAUGGACAGGAAUCGGAACCGCUAAGAUGUCCCAUUCCUGGGUGUGAUGGAUCCGGCCACUCCACGGGAAAGUUCCUCUCGCAUCGCAGCGCGUCCGGUUGUCCGAUUGCGUUCCGCAACAAGAUGCACAUCCUGGAGAAUGGUGGCACGAUCGAGCAGGCGAAGGCCGCGAUGGCGCAGGCGGCCGCCGGCAAGUUUGAACCGUUCACCUGUCCGACGCCGGGCUGCGACGGCAACGGGCACGUCGACGGUACGUUCAGCACCCACCGCACCGUCGCCAGCUGCCCCACGGCACAGGGCCCGGGCCAGGCACCGUCCAGCAAGAAGCCACGGUACGGCGACUCCGACACCGGCGUGCUCGGUGGGCUCGGUCCGGUUGCGUCCAAGUCCUUCAACGACCUAGCGACCGGCUACAGCCAGAGCGUUAAGGGCAGCCUGAUGUCCGGUCCCGGUCCGCUGCUGGUGGGGGCCCCGCCUCCACCACCGGCACAGGGACCCCCGUCUGCGCUCGGGGUCCUAACGUCCGGUGGCGGUGUGGCACCGGGCGCUACGUCCGGGCUGCUCGCCGGCCUCGGACAUCCAGUACCGGGCGUGCAGCAGCAGCACGGCGUCCACGGCGUCCCGGGCGUGAUCGGUGUUGGUGGCCCCACCACCGUCCCAAACCAUUGCGGUACGGGUACGGAACACCAUACGGCACCAACCGACCGUGCGGGAAACCCCGUCGGGAAUGGUGCCCCUAACCCGACCGGCACCGGCGACCCCGCCGGAGGUGUCCCACCGGUCGCAUCCGAGGACAUACUGGCGCUGGACGAGGAGAUCACCGAGCUUAAGCGGGAGAAUGCGCGCGUUGAGCUGCAGAUGCUGCGGCUCAAGUCGAACAUUAACGCGAUGGAGUCGCAGCUGAACAACAACAACCACGAGCCGAAGCUGCUCGAGAUCGGGACGCGUGGGAUCACAUGA